CCUAGCGAGCUAAUCCUCUGACUGACUGUUUCAUAUUCAUUUGUCGGUUUUUUAGCUGCUAAUUCGCAGUAGCGCGUGUAAACACUUCAUCUUAGCCGAGUGAGAACUCAUUAGAGAGCUCGCGUGCUAAUGCUACCACCUGCCUGGAUGUGUCCUGAUUAGCCUCCACGCUAGCAGAGAGUCGGCAAUGUGACACGGUUAACACCCAGAUGAUGCCCGAGGAUUUUAUUAUUAUUUUUUUACCACCACAGGAUCUUUUUAUCCCUUUACAGUCAAUAUAUGAAUAUUCUCUUUGUGUAGCUUUUCCCCCAUGAAGAUUCCAACAUCCAUUUCUGUGCUGCAAAUAAUAGAGGAUUUUUCAAUAGAAAAAUGUGUUAAUCCUCAGGCGUAUGGCAGGGAUAUGAGAGGACAGGCGUGAGUGGCGUGUCCCGGAGUGUCGUGUGAGGAGGAAGAGGAUGCUGGAGGAGGACAUGGACGCGACAGGAGGAGCGAGCCUCGAGGCCGAGGUGGAGCGUCUCUCUGCCGAGCUCCAGGAGGCCAAUGAGGAGAAGCACCAGGCGGCGCGGUACGGUCUGGCCGUGCUAGAGGAGAGCGCCGCUCUCAAGUCCAAACACAGCCAGCUGGAAGAGGAGCACGAGGCCCUCAAACUGGAGGUGCAGCAUCUCCGUGAGGCGCUGGCCGACUCUGUGAGCAGCCAUAAGCGCGCAAAAGCAGAUGGACAGUGUCGGGAGGAGAAUCUGCUACAGGAGACGGCCAGUAAGGAGGCUGCCAUGGCAACGCGGAUGGAGGAGUUGCAGUCGGAGCUAAAGCAGGCCCGAACGACGCUGACCAACAGCACGGCUGAGAUUGAAAGGUUGAGCGGGCUCACCACUCAGCUAAAGAAGGAGUGUGAUGGUUUGGAGGCUGAGAAGGCUUGUGUCAGGGAGGAGUUGAAGGAAUUUAAAGUUCGUGAAUUGCAGCAGCUUCAGGACAACACUGAACUGGAGGAAGAGAACAUUUCCCUGCAGAAGCAAGUCUCUGUGCUCAAAGAGAACCAGGUGGAGUUUGAGGCGCUGAAGGUAGAACUUUCGCAGAAGGAUGAGGAACAGGAGCUCCUUCGGGGACAAAUGGAGGAGGCCGGCCGGCUGCGCGAGAUUGCUGAGAGGCAGCUCGAAGAAGCCCUUGAGGCCCUGAAGGAUGAGCGUGAGCAGAAGAACAGUUUGAAGCGCGAGCUAGCUGCUCGCACGGUCAACCCGUUUGACUCCGUGGUGCACCUGGACCUGCAGCUGGAUGAUAGCUUGGACGGCGAUAGGGCUGCAGAUGAGAAUGAGCAUGGAGAUAAAGAGGAUGAAGAGCAGGACAGUGGCUACAACCACUCAAAAGGAAGCGAGAAGCAGCGCUGCUCUACACCCAGGGGCAGAGAAGUGUUCCUGCGGCCUCCUGCACCAGGGCUGGUGGCUGACCUGCUGAGUGAACUCCAUCUGUCCGACACACAGAAGCUCAAACAGCAGCUGCUGCAGGUGGAAAGGGAGAAAGCAGCUUUGGCCAGUUCAGUCCAGGACCUCCAGGAGUCACUGGCCCAGUCUAAAGUGGCAUUAGAUGAGCAUAAAGUGAAGGUGGAGCAGCUCUCUCAGCGUCUGGAGGUCCUGCAGGGUUGUUCCUCUUCUUCCACCGCUCAGUCUGGGACUAAAACUCAAGAGCAGAAUGGAAAUAGUGAGCAGGUGAAUGACGAAGAUCUGGAGCUGGAUGCUAAGAGUGCAGGGGUGCUCGAGAAGCGCAUGCGUGCGGCCAACGCUGAGCUCAUGAAGCUGCGUGACGAGCUGAAGGAGGCCGGUGAACACUGCCGGGCGCUAGAAGAGCGCCACCUGCAGGAGAAGGAACGCUGGAGGGCAGAGGCGCAGGAGCUGGCUGACAAGAUCCGUCAGUGCAUUGCCUCCAGCCGUCAUGACCAGGAGCGCAUCGGGCAGUUGGAGCUUGAGAUCGGGGCCACACGCCGCGUCGCCACCGACUCCGAAUGCAACCUGAGCGCCACGCAAGAGGAGCUGCUGGCCUUCUCUGAAGAGCUUGCCAAUCUCUACCACCACGUCUGCAUGUGCAACAACCUCACACCGCGGCGCGUCACGCUGGACUACUAUCGAGAUGGAGCACGAGGCGGGAGAAGGCACCACCAUGGUUCGUUCCGGAAGCAGAGGAGGUCAGGAGAGGCAUUGGGAAAGGGAGCGCAUAGCGCAGAGCUGGACAUCACAGCAGCGAAUGGAGAUGCCUCUGCAAACUGUGGAAGCAGCCCCAGCUCUCCAACACUAGACUUCAGGGACCCCACUAAUGUGCGCAACCUGGUGGCUGUUAUUCGCUGCCAGAUUAAACACCUCCAGGUGGCUGUUGACCUGUGCCGACAGCGUGGUGCCUUACCCUCCUCUGCAUUAGGGGGCAGCACUGAAUCUGACCGUGAAGCUCUGCUCGAGGAGGUGCUGAAGCUCAAGUCUCUUCUUAGCACCAAGAGAGAGCAGAUCGCCACACUCAGGACUGUCCUAAAGGCAAAUAAACAGACUGCCGAGUUGGCUCUAAGCAACCUUAAGACCAAGUACGAGACCGAGAAGACUGUGGUGUCCGAGACCAUGCUAAAACUGCGAAACGAGCUCAAGGCCCUGAAGGAGGAUGCUGCUACUUUCUCCUCUCUGCGGGUCAUGUUUGCAAGCAGAUGUGACCAGUAUGUUACACAGUUAGAUGAGAUGCAGAGGCAGCUUGCGGCAGCAGAGGACGAAAAGAAGACCCUCAAUUCACUCCUGCGCAUGGCCAUCCAACAGAAGCUAGCUCUAACUCAGCGGCUGGAGGACCUGGAGGCUCCACUGCAUGUAAACAGUAACGGAGGAAGCCCACGUCGCUCCCGUGCCAAGCAGCUGGCCACCAAAUCAGGAAGAGCGCCUCGGAGCCCCAUGAGAAGCAGCCCACGUGCCAGCCCCGUGUUGGUCUCGUCAUCAGGCCCUCAGAAUGCAAGCGGCCAUCUGAGGAUGCUGUCGCGCAGCCUUCACGGCAGCCCUCGGUGAAUGCUCCAUUCUUCCUGUCCUGCUCCAGUGUCCGUGGAUCGCGUUCAUGCCCAGCUCAGAACUUCCCUUAACCCUCCAGAUCCGACCUGACAUCCACUUCAUCCCACACCAAACCACAUCUGGCUCCUUUUGUGCUUACUCUCGUCUCAUCUAUCUUUCCUUUUCCGUCUUCUUGUUUGUUUGUGUCCUCUACCUCACUUCUCCUGUCUCUCCUGUCUCUCACUGUCUGGCUGACUCGCUGUAAUGUUUGAGGAACUGAAAGCUCACUGGAUUCCCAUCUCAUUUCACAAUGAGCUUUCUGAGGGACGGCAAGGUAUGAAACUUGCUUUCACUCUCAUGGACAUUGUUACGCACCAAACCCACCCCCGAAAGACCAACGUGUGUGUGUGUAUGCACAUUUUUUGUUUGUUUUUGUAAAUAUAUGGGUAAUGUAUGAAGGAAAUUAGAGCCUGCUUCAUUGUACAUUGGUUCACUACCAAGAAUGACUGACAGUAUUAGUGUACAGCUUAAGGCAUGUUCUGAAGGAUUUUCCUUUUUUUUUUUCUGCCUAACGUUUAAUUUCCUACUGGGUUUUAAUGCACUGCUCCCUAAGCUUUGUUCCUCAGACUUCUGUAGGCUUGAACAUCUUAAUUGAAAAAACAGACAUUAAUAGGAAAAACCUUUAAUCUGCAGCACUGUAUAGUAGGGGUGUUACAGUUUCAUAGUAUGAAAUGACUUUCUAUUACCAUCCACCGCUUUGUGUUUUUCUAUUUUAUUUAAUUUUUUAUCAAUUUCAAGUGGUUUUCAUCAGUUUAUGUGUCUUAGACAUGGGCUGCACUGAAAACCUUUUGGCUGUGUAAUUUGCUACUGCUGUAUCCAUGUGUCAGUGCUACCUCUGCUGAUUACUGUUGGAGUAUUCCAAACUUUAUAAUACACGACACACAGAAGAACACAGCAUUGCUGACCAGAGCUAAGCUAAAUAACUCUCUUCGCCUUUCCACACAUCCUCACUCUUUCAGCUUUUAAAAAUGGCCUGAUUAUACUAUAUAUUCUGACGGCGCAAGCGCUUUUAUGCAUAUCUUGUUCUCAAGUAUUUUUGGAAUUGUGAUUUGAUUAAGACUUUUAUAGAAAAACUUUCUUCAUGUCCUCGAUUUUCCGCACCAGCUCGUGUUGUUUUUUUUUUUUUUUUUUUAUGGUCAGUCGAUACAGAGAAACCGUGAUCGUUUUAGACGAUCAUACCAUGAACUGUACCACCCCUACUCAGCAUCAUAACGAGAUGUCUGGAGGUCUCGCUGCUAACUAGAGCAAGUGUUUAUUUAAAAAUAAAUAAAUAAAUAAAUAAAUAAAAGAAAAAAAAAAAGGACGGUCAGCAUUGUCCUGUCAGAUCUACUGCCAGUUUUGCGACCUUUCACACAGAGUUAAACCCAAAGCACUGUUACAUCAAAUACUACUCUCUGCUACAAAAACAAGCAAAACCAUGUGUAGUUCUUUAUUAUUUAUCGAAGCAAUAAGGCACUAGUGUUGAUGCUAAUGGAAACACAUCAUGGGAGAGAAACAGGAUCUGAUACAGUGCCUUAAUCAUAUGCAGAGUUCACCUGUUUUUAGGAAAUUCAGACUUUGUAGGUACUUGUACAUAAUGUAUUAUUUGUUCGAAUAGUGUUUUUGUUUUGUUUGUUUUGCUUUACUACUGAGUAGCCACAAAUCGUGCUAUUUCCCUUGAUUUCAGUCCUAAACUGGCAGGAACUGGUAGCAUAAACCCAUCGCUGUUCUUAUCAGAGCAGCGAUUCGCUUUCUAUAUGUAUAUAAGGUCCCUUGUGUUGUAGUCGAUCAGGAAAAAGCUGGUCAGCUGUAUUCCAGUGCAUGCUCAUAAACCAUGUUCCUGUAUGUAGGAUGGCUUUCACAGGCAGUGGUGCGAUUUAAAAUAAUGGAAUCGAGGAACAAAAAGUAGUUUGGGACGAAGCUUCCAGCUGAAGCAAAGCUCCAACUUUGUUUCAGCUGCAUUGACUUUUUUUCUUUUUUCUACAGUAAUAAUGUGUUUUAUGACCUCAAACCUGAUUCCGAUAUUUUUGCCCACACCACUGAACUUGGCUUGCAUUAUUCCUGUGUGGAUAAACAUUACCGUGGCUUAUAUAUGUUUGCUUUGUCACAAGUGGUAGUGAAAUCUCCAUCAAUCAUACAUUUUCCUGUUUAAAAGAAAAAAGACAAGACGUAACUUUGGUUACUUUUCAGUCUAGUGUUUGUGGUCUGAAAAUAGUUUUUGACUUCUAAAAUUCCCUCAGUCACAGUUUUAACUCCUGUUUUUAAUUUCCACUGUGCAUCCCGUUUUAACAAAAAAGGUGUAAUUUGAUUCGCACUGUUAUGUGAAAUGUGUAGUAAAAAAAAUAAAAGUAAAUUAAAUGUC